UUCAGUUUUGUCCGUAUGACAGCAGUAAAAUUUAACCUCAAUAAGCAGUGUAAGUUAUCGGUAAUUGAUUACAGAAAAACUCAAUACUAUCAUGGCAUCGAAGACAUUUAAAUGCGGAAUAAAGGCCUCUAAAUGUGCGAAUUACGCUCGUAUUACAAAGAUGGAUACCUUUUACGAUAAAAUAAAGAAAUCGAUUUUUCUCCGCUGCAAGGACCUCGGUCGUGGAACUUCAGCCCCUGUCGCAUAUGAUACAGGAUGGGUGGCUAGAAUCCCGGACGUUGACUUGAUGAACCCUGCGUUUCCAUUAUGCUCUCAGUGGUUGCGAGACCAUCAAAAUCAGGACGGAAGCUGGGGAGACUGUUCGCUAGCAUGCAAUGGAGUCAUGAACACAUUGUCCGCGGUCCUUGGCCUGUCGCAGUGGAAACAUCCGGAUGAUGCAUAUAGGAUAAAAAAAGGCAUAAAUGCAGUGCAUAAUUUAGCAGGACGGUUACCGUCGGAAGUAACACCGAGUUUUGACUUACUUAUUGCACGCUUAAUCGAAGAGGCGCUUGAGCUACGACUAGAUUUUCCCUAUGGAGACUUUGAAAGAUUCCGUGAAAAUGGUCGCAAAGAGCUGAAAAAAAUAGAAAAUAUCUUGCUGACGAACCGACCUACUAAGCUUUGGGCCUUUUUGGAGGCAUCAGGGAGUAAAUUUAACCUGGAUUUAGAGUACUACCGUCAAGAAAUAGUAGAUAACGGGCUCAUAGGAGUUCAACCUUCGACAACGGCAUUUUUAUUACGGCAGGCACGGAUGGAAGGUAGAAACUUUCCAGAGGCGGAAUGGGUCCUCGAAAAGCUUGUCAUAGACAAUAAUGGAGGGAUCCCUCAUGUGGUCUUUCCAGAGGAGUUCGAGAUCAUCUUCGGACUUCAAUUCUUGUUCGCGGCUGGGAUCGACUUCAGAAAAAAUUUGGAACACGGUGUUACAAAGAGAGUUGUUGAAAAAUGCAUGCAAAAACUAAAUUUAUUUGAUAGCGCCAGAUUUUCUCUUGAAAGUAUUUUCCCAGACGAAUUUUGUGAAGCAUCCUCUAGGGCGAUGCUAAAACGAUUCUUCAAAGAGGAGUUUGAUGAUGGAUCUGGAACUACUCGAGAAAAGGCGGAGGCGGGGGAUUUAACGACAUGCUACGAACUGGCGGACUCUGAUUGGUUAAAAGAGCGGAUUUUUUUGGAUCGUCUGACCGGAAAAGAUUGCGCCCAUAGGGAUUCUAUGAUAAACCGCAUUUUUGAAUCAAAAGAAGUCGACAAAAAAGAGUUACUCCCGAUAGACACUUAUUCGGAUCGUCCUCCGGUGGAUCAGACCGAAAAAAAUUCAAGCGAAUUUCUUUCACCGAACAAAAUUGAUGGAUCUCUUCUGCGUCCACUCAAGAAUAUUUCGAAAUUUUUCAAAGCAAUGCAACUUGUUCUUUAUUCCCCUUCUCCAUCAAACAGACACGACGUGGCUUGCCUGUUGACAAGCAGCCAAAACAAAGACGGAGGUUGGGGCAGCAAAGAUUCAUCAAACGGCGAGGAAACGGCAUACGCAAGCUUGGCUCUUUUCAGUAUGUUCCGCCAAAAUGCGGAUAUUCUGAAUAAAAUUGAUUUUCCAAAACUUGUGCAGUUCAUGACUAAUGUUGAUGUGCCUCUGGCAAGGUGUUCCUGGUCAUUUAAAGUGAAUUUUCAAUCACCAGCUUUGACUGAGCUGGCGUGGAGUACGGCUAAGUAUGCCGUUUUUCAAAUGGAGUCGCUCUACACGAUGACUGUUAUAGUGAACGAAGAGAAAUUGGAUACUUCUGAAAUCGAUAUAUUCGCCCCAACGCCAAAUACAACUUUCUUGCCAAUCUUCACCGGCGUUAUGCUCCGGCUAAAACCUGAGCCUCAGCUCGAGGAUAUUGCAAUCGACAAACAAGCUAUGAUGCAAGCUGUAACUGAUGCCGUAUUUGGGGGUGAGCUUCCGUCUACCUACAUUCAAAGUUUAAUCGAGGUUUCGUUAGUUUUUAGUUCUUGCAUUCACCCUGUGAAAUUGUCCAUGUUGGAAAGGAUGGUUGAAACUCUGCUGUGUACUGCAGUAUUUAUUCUGGAUGAUAUAACCGACCUUCACUUGCCGGGGAAAAGGGGGUUUGAAGAUUCGCAGAGAAACCUCUACAACCUGACAAUUGACAUUUUAGAGGGCAAAACGAGGGAGCAAAACUUGGAGGCUCCAGUCGAUUUUCCAAAUUCUGAAUGCGUAGUAAAAAUGCUAUCGCAUUUUCGACAUUUUGCGGAACAGAGAGGCUCUGAGGUGAGCUAUCUCGUUGAGGAAUGGUUUAAAAACUUCGGCGAGGUAAGUAUGGCUACUUACCGAGACAUGUGUCGGAGCAUCGCACCUACUACGGAGAGAUACCUCCAGCUGCAAUCCGUUGGAAGCGGCCUUAUGUUUCUCACGGAGUUGAGUUGUCUUGUAGAGGGUUUGGCUGGCUCAAGAGAAUUUAAAAAAUCCACUGUUUGCAAAAAAUAUUUUGCAAGUGCUAACAAAGCUGCUAGAUUGGGACUUGAUAUAGGUAGUGUUAUGAAAGACGUAGGAGAAUCGACCCUUGAAAACUAUUGUUUAAGGCUGGAGAACGAAUUUGGUAUGUCGUUGAAUGAAUCUUUAGAGAUGGCAACCAAUGAAUAUAAUAAAGAAGUCUUGAAUAUGUUUAUGCUGAAGAAAAUAAUGCUCCAAGAUUCGACACUGAAGGAUGAUAAAGAAUUGGCCAAAUACUUGCAGGUGCUAGAGAGUGUUUUGGACGGACUACUAGAAUGGAGUUUCGAUACCUCACGUUACAAAACUGAAUGGACGUACACAAUUACCAGGUGUGAGCAUCAGAAUCGGACACUGGAAUAUGUUCAAAAGCUUUGUUUUUCUCAUGAACAACUCAUCACUUACCACAUCGAAAAAAAAUCGUACUGUACAUUGAGAGAAACGUUCGAUCGUACAUGAGCUGAGUGUUUAAUGAACUGUAUCUGCUGAAGUAUAAUUUGAUAUUUAUAUUUUUUUUGCCAGGUGAAUAAAUUUGUAAGGCAGGUAAAAUAUAAAAAAGUAGGCUUAUAACAAUUAA